AAUUCCAUGAACGGUCACUACCAGUAUCAGCUCCAUCAGCAGCAGCAGCAGCGACUACUGGAGCAGCACCGGCGUCUCCUGGAGCAGCAACAGCGAUGUCUCCCGCAACAGUACAUUCGACGUCCUCCUGCCACCACUGUCGCCGCCACCACGGAGGUGUCGCCUAAUCCCGUCGUCUUUCAACCGCAGUCGCCGACGCCCAAACACCGACCACGGAUCGUGCACCUCGACAACGAGGCCGCACUAUUGGCGGCGCUGACUGCGGACGGUUACCAGUUGGGCUCGACCGUCGGUCACGGGUCGUACAGCAAGGUCCGGAUAGCGUACCGGACGGUGCCGGUGACGACGACGACGUCGUCUAUGGCCCGGGUGGCGUGCAAGGUGAUCAACAAGCGGCGCAACGCCGAAACUUCGUCGUACGUGCGGAAGUUCUUGCCUCGGGAACUGGACGUGCUGCGCACGGUCCGGCACCCGAACGUAGUCAGAACGCACAGGAUAUACGUGACGCCAAACACCGUCCACGUGUUCAUGGACUACUGCGAAGUCGGCGACCUGCUCAGUCACAUGCAACACGUCAAGUCUAUACCGCAGUGGCAGGCACACAUGUUUUUCAGGCAGAUAUGCGAGGCCAUGGAUUAUCUGCACCGGAAAAACAUAUCGCACCGGGACAUAAAAUGCGAGAACGUGUUGUUGGAGAGCAUGCGGACCGUCAAGUUAACCGAUUUCGGGUUCGCCCGGUUAUGCGCGGACGAACGAGGCCGACGACUAUUGAGCCAGACGUACUGCGGCAGUUCGUCAUAUGCUGCACCCGAAGUGCUACAAGGUAUACCGUACGACCCGAUUUCCUAUGAUAUGUGGGCAUUGGGAGUUGUGCUAUACGUGAUGCUAUCGGAUACCAUGCCAUUCCCACACUCUAACCGACAGCAGAUCGUGGCUAAUCAGAUUGCCAAAAAGUUCUGCAGGCCUAAGAAACCCGUGUCUCGAGAAGCGUUGAAACUUAUCUCGAUUAUUUUAGAACCAGACGUUAACAAAAGAGCAACCAUGAAUCAAGUAAAACAUCAUCCAUGGGUUAAACAACAAAACCCAUAUCAUACUCAUUAAAUUACUAAGAAAAUUCAUAAGUUACGAUAUUGUGGAUAUGAGAUAUCCAUGAUAAAUCAUAA